UUUGACCCUUUGCCACCUCGUGACAACGCUGUUGUCCAAACUGUAAUCCGCUCGGUCCCAUUGACGCAUCACCUCCACUCUGUUUUUUAUUCUGAAAGACUUCAGUCGGAAGUCGUGUUGUCCACUCUGCUGUGUGACUUUGCUCAGCUGCAGCGGCAGAGCAGACGAGAAACCAUGGAGCGCAACAAGACGUGUUGGAGACACUCGCUGAACGCACGGGAGAAGUGCCAGCUCCUGCUCCGUGCCUAAAGUCACUUUCCCCGGCUGUGGGAACAUCUUCCUUCAAGAGCAGGUGCACGGUGCGUUUUUUUCUUCCAAGCGUGCGUAAAGUGACAGGAGAGGUGCAGAGAAGAAAAAAAACAGUUUGGAGUGACCAAAGGACGCAGGAGCAAAGGAGGAGUAAAACAAAAAGCGCCCGAAGGAGAGAGACGAGUGCCCGGCGGUGGAUAGAAAUGCUCUGCGUCUUUUAUUCUUUGUGCUUUUCUCGCUGUUUCUGGAAAAUGUGGUGCGUAAAAACCCGCUGAUUGCUUUCAUGUCUAACGCCAUUAGAAGGAGCGGUGACUUUUCUUUAAGUAAACUGUGAAGCGGAGCUGUGAUUUCACAAGGAAAAGAAGCGACUGGGCUCAAAACUGAGAGCGAGUCACAGAACAGUUACGAACCAUGGUGAAGUUUCAUAACUCGGACCUAUGGAUAGCCUGGAUGGUCAUCUUCUGCAUGGAGGGUUCAAGGUUUGAUCUACACACAGGAAAAGUGUGUGUGCGGGCACUGGACGUGACGGUGUCCCAGAGCAGCAUCCAGGUGGCCCGUGGCCAGGCGGCUGUCCUGCCCUGCUCUUUCAGCACCAGCGCUGCCCUCAACAACCUCAACAUCAUCUGGAUGGUGAUACCGCUGUCCAACGCCAACCAGCCGGAACAGGUGAUCAUUUACCAGGGCGGUCAGGUGUUCAGCCUCGCCAACCACCUCAAUGGCCGUGUGGGCUUCGUGGCCACCAUGCCAAGUACAAGUGCCUCCAUCUUCAUCAACAACACCCAGCUGUCCGACACUGGGACCUACCAGUGCCUGGUCAACAACCUCCCAGACAGAGGGGGGCGCAACAUUGGCGUCAUUGGGCUCACUGUGUUGGUGCCCCCAUCUGUGCCAGCGUGUCGAAUCCAGGGCACGCUGGAUGUAGGCAGUGACAUCAUGCUGCUCUGCAGCUCGGAGGAAGGCAUUCCCACGCCAUCCUACUCCUGGGAGAAGCUGGACGCGCUGCCCAGGCUGCCGCACAACGCCAUGCAAGACCAGAUGCAGGGGACUGUCACACUGAGAAACAUCAGCACCAGCACCUCAGGACUCUACCAAUGUACCUCCAGCAACGCUAUUGGGAAGAGCACCUGUCUGCUCAACCUGCAGGUUGUAGCACCUCAGCCUCAGAGUGUGGGUCUGAUAGCAGGGACCAUUGCUACCGGGGUCCUGGCAGUCAUCAUCUGUUCCCUCUUAGCGGUGGUCACGCUCUUCUACUGGAAGAACAAGAACAAGUACGAUGAGGAGGAGAUCCCCAAUGAGAUCAGAGAAGAUGACCUUCCCCCUAAGAGGUCCUCAUCAGUGAAGGCUUUCCACGCGGAUGCGUCCUCCUCGGAGAACGACACGCUGACAUCAACCAACACCUACAACAGUCGCUACUGGCACAACCCCAAAACCAACUACGACACCAACUCAUACACUCGCUACAAUGGAGACACACGCCAGACCUUCUCCACUGCUGCCCAUGGUGGACAUGGACAGGCCCAGAACGCAGGACAUGGCCACAAUCCAGUGGUCACAGCACCAGGUUCAGCUCCGCUGUCUCGCCAUGUGCAGCCCACGACGGCAACGAUGACAUCGUUCGCCAAUGGCAGCCACACGCUCCCACCACCCAAGACUCUGGUGGUCACGACAAACUCUGCUCCGUCCCCUCCCGCCAUGGUGCGCAGCAACGGCUCAGUGAGCCUCAAACCGGUGGUGACGUCCACACACGGGCAGCACACGCACUCCUACGCCGUGAGCCAGGCCACCCUGGAGCGGAUGGGGGCGGUGCCGGUCAUGGUGCCCGCCCAAAGCAGAGCGGGCUCGCUGGUCUAACAUCUGAUUUUGCAAAAACGAGAUUAAACAAGUUUUUGUUUGAGAUGUUUUGAAAUCCGCUGACGAAAAACAGACAGAAUAUGGGCUGAAGCAGCCCACUGCCCUUUACAACUGUGUCUUUCUGUAUGUCCUCACCUUUUUAUCUCAAAUCAAACUGGGAUUUUAAAGCACAGAGUUCAUUUGAUGCCAAUUCCUUCAUGUACAGGAACCUCUUUUGUGGACGAGCACUACGUGGAAUUUAUUCAUCCCUUUAUUGGAUGGAUUGUUCUGUUGGCUGCAGUGGGAACUACUUUUUCCCCACAUGGAUGAUUUCACAAAGCUGGAGGGAAAUUUUCCUGCAGAGCCUGAAUUCCCAGAUCUUAUUCAGGGCUGGAUCAUUGUGAUGAUUGUGGGGUGGGGGGGUUUCUUUCUUUUUGGGACUGGAAGCAACACAAGGCAUUUACAUCUCAUGCAUGGUCAGAAUGAAGAGAGCUCGAAUUCUCACAUAAAUGCAUGUGUCCCUUUGUUUUAGGAUGACAAAAUUAAUCAUUAAUUACUUCUAAUCAUUUCGUCUCAGUUGUUAUUUUGAUUGACAAAAACGAUAGUGAAUGAAAGUGAAUGUUCCAAUGUGUGUCAGGAUGAAAGUAUACAAAUGAAAUGAUGGUGAUUCAAAUGGUCUUAGAGGCUUAGAGAGGGGGGUUUGUUGGGUGCAAUACAUCACAUGCUAUACUUUACUUCAGUGAAUGCAAACAUUUUCAUUUUUGCUCUUUUCAGAGUCAUUUUAUAUCAAAACUGCUGUCUUAUGAGUAUCGAGCAAUUAGUCUUAAUAAUGAAACGCUUACAAAACACUUACAAAAAAGAACGCUGCCGCCCCCUGGUUUGAACAUGAGCCUGCGGAUGGAUUUUGUCUUCGUCGCUGUCGUCCCGAUCUGGUUCAUGUCACAUCAGUGCUGCUUUGAGAAGACGUGGAUAAGAGGGUGUGUUCUUUCAUAAUGGCUUUAUAAAGAGAUAAUACAAUAUAUAUUUAAAAGGUUUUUCCCCCGCUUUGACAAAGGCUAACAUCUACUGUUUUAUACUGUACAUAUUGUAACUGCAACAGUAGGCUAGAUUGUGAAUCAAAGGAAAUACAUUACAUGUCUGACUGAUACAUAUUUUACAAAUCAUGUGUCUUAAUUUUAACGGUUCUUUUUGGGUUUGUUAGAGAAGUGUUAUUGGUUUCAGUGAAGGUUUUUGUUUCUUUUUUUAUGAGUUUUGCCAUUUCAUUACCAGUUGUGGGAUAAAUGAAACAGUAUGGUUUAACACUGAUGAUGUCUAACUAUCGAUAAUAGAUACCAAUGCUGUACAUGGUAGAAAGUGUCCCUGUGUUUCUGACCUACUGUAUUUAUCUUUUAACCAAAUUUCACAACUGGAAAAAAAACUACUCUGAGCUGUUAAAGUGUUAUUAUGAUUAGAAAGAGAGUAAUAAAAAGUAAUUCCUCUAUAGUUUCUUUUUGGCAUUUUAAAUGGUCCAACAUUAACAAAUACAAUGUCAUGAUUUAUGAAUAGUGAAAAAAGUUUUUUCAUUAUUGCUACUAUUUCAUCCACACUUUAGUUUUUAAGUUGGAAAAACAUUCAUGCCAUUCAAGCAAUUUCCUGCUUGGUGAUUCAAACACUCAUGUGUAACUUAAUGGAAUUUGACAUUAAGAAAAAUCCAGCUGUUAAAUUAGAAUCCGGAAAAGUCUACAUUUAAAACUGUUGUAUUUUAAUUUCCACAUCAAUGGAGGCACAAAUAUUGAACUGAGUACCAGUCACCUCUGAUCUUCACAGAUUGUUGUCAGAUGUGUAGGCCUGUAAAUCUGCAUUAUUGAUUCACGAUUACAUUAGUCACAGCAAUAUGUACACGUUAAGAUCAACUUCAAACACGCAUCUUCAUGACUUCAGGUCAGACCAUGGCAGCAAACCCACUCUCUGCUUUUACAGAUAUAUUUAUCUAUAUUUUAAUUUUCACUUUUUCCCUCAAGGAUAACUGUAAAUCAUUCAUACACACACAUUGAUACAUAAACACAGAGAGGCCGAUAGAGGUCAAAAGAUGAAAUAUCAGUUAUUCUCUACCCAUCUGUUUUUGGCUGACGGUGUUUUCAGAAUAAAGUCGUCUGUCCGUGUAGAUUUCUCUCAGCGUUUCACCCAGUGACCCUGCCCUGAGCGCUGGCUGAUUAAAUGAAAGAAUAACUAUUCUUCUAAGAAUUCUGGCUUUAUUCUUUCUAGAGAGAGAGAUAAUGACAUGCUGGAAAAAAGAUGAACUGAGAUUAUUUUAAACUAACUCUACCCCCCAUUUGCGAUGGAGGAGAGAGAGCACAAUCAGUAGAAAUCUACUGAGGUUUUAAACCCAGAUUAAGUUAACAUCUCAUCUUCUACCCUGGCCAUAGGUUGGCAUGUGGUACACAAGGUGGUAUAUGGGUUGUAUAUAUAGAUACAUAAUGACCUGUGGUAUAUUGCCAAUAGUAAAAAAAUAACAAUAUGUAAAUAUGUAUAUAAACACAUCUUGUUCUUACUGUUGGGUUGAAAAGAAAUAGGAACAAUAACACUGAAA